CACAUUUGCUUCUUCUCUGACUAGUUGAAAGAGACAGAAAAAUUCUCUUGCAUAAAGAUGACUCCAAAUUUUGUGCUGCUGCUUCUUAGCUUACUAGCUUUCUGCACAGCUGUAACAUCCAGGAAAGUUUGUGGCCACCCUCCUGUCACUGAUGGGAUUGACGAAUUGACUCUGAAACGCGUGUACGAGGUCGGUGAAGAGGUCACCCUCACAUGUCAGCGGGGGUACCUCCCUUCGACAACAACCCCUCGUAGGAUGACCUGCACCCCUGCAGGAGAGUGGACUCAGUCAGACCUGAUCUGCUCCCCUAAGAUGUGUCCGAUCCCUCGUCCUCUGCAGCCACUGGCGAUGGGGAUGACAGAAGCUCCUUUUAAGAGUGUUCUUAACUACACAUGUGAUGAUGGGUAUGUCAUGAUAGGAGCCAAUAUGAGCAGCUGUUUACAUGAUGGGACCUGGAGCAACCCACCGCCUCACUGCAAAGCUGUGAAUUGUCCACUGCCCCUGCCGCCCAGAGAUGGAAGAAUUAUUCAUGAUAAGUCCCUUACUGGAACCACCACCAUGUAUGGCCAGGGCUGGACAUACGAGUGUAACCCACCAAAGACGCCCAGUUAUGAGAGGGGAUCCUGCAUGGCUGAUGGAAGUGUAACUGAGCCACCGGUGUGCAGAGAGGUGAGCUGCUCUGCCCCCAAAGCCAUCCCAAAUGGCUUCAUCACCUUUGCUGUGAUCAGACCUCAUGGCUACAAGGAGAAGGUUAAAUAUGCCUGCAAUGAGCACUAUGUCCUGGAUGGUGAGGCUGAGAUACAGUGCCAAAACACAGGAAAUUGGUCAGCCAAGCCAAUAUGCAGAGCUCCAUGCACGGUGGGCAUCAAAAGAGGUCGUAUCUUCUACAACUCCAGGAAGCUGUGGAUCGCAAACCUGAAACCCAACAGGGUCCUCCAUGGAGAACAUGUGGCCUUCUACUGUCUCAACAGAGCUGACAGGUGUGGUUACCCUGUGGUUAGCUCAUGUAAUGACGGGACCCUCCCCAUCCCAGAGUGCUUUGAGGAACCAGGCAAGAUGGACUAUACACUGAGGGCCAAAAGCCUUCCAUCAGAAAUCCAAAUGUGUACCACUUCACCGCCUGAUAGUCCUGCAAACACCACAAGACCUGCAUAAUCUAACAGAGAAUGACCUGAAGCAGCACUGACAGGAUGGAAAUUUUUGGAUCAAUGAAUGAAUGUGUACAAUUUUCUACAAGACUAAAGCCACUUUUGUUGCCGGUCAGGUUUAUUAUUUCACUGUAAUUUUAAACAUUAAAGUCAAAGUAAAGCUCAAACUAAAAGUCCAUUUUAAUUAAAAUUGUGACACAAUCACUGAAUCCAGUAUCUGAAAAACUUUGUUUGUGGUAGUUACAUGUCUGCAGGAGCACAUAGAGAAUGUGUACAUAAAAUAAGUUCUGACAGUGUUAACUGUGAUGAGAUUAAGGUCCAGAAUUUAUGCAUUGAUUUUUAAAAUUUCUCUUAGGGUCUGUGUCCACAGCAGGCCACAGUUUUUAGCUCAGGGAGUGCACUAUUUUCUCAGAUAUACUGUAUUUUUGUGCUUUUAUGCCUUUAUCUGAAGAGAGAAGGACUGUGGACAGUGUGAGUGGGGUAGCAACAUUCGGGAAAGGAGCCACAGGCUGGGCAUAAACCCAGGCCUCCCAGAGGUGCAAUCCAACCUCUAGGCCAUCUGCGCCCCACACUGCACAUCUUCUAUACACAGUUAAUGAUGUCUAGAGUUCUCAGUGCUCAGUAUCAGAGUGGAAGAAGCCCUCUGCGUCAGCUGUUUCUGUUGCUGUGCUCUCAGAGCGCUGGAAACAGUACAUCUGUGAUUGUCAAUGUCACUGCUCUCUUACUGGCCAGUCAAAAUGGAGAAGAGGUGAUACUUAUGAUAAAUGGAGAAGAGAAACAAAUCCAACUUUUCUUUUUAAGGGUGAGGUUUCCAGGACCACAGCUGCUGACAUAUAGCACAAGGAGCUAUUUAAAAAUGAUAUUACAGAUAAUAACAAAAAAAGAAAAAAUAGGAGUCAACUUUUGUAACCAAUAAUGAAUGCUGAUGGGAAGCGUUUUGAAAAUGAGGUUUUGAGCUCUACCAGCACUGAAUGCUGGCUGUGAAUACAGUACCUUUCAGUUGUUGUCCCUUUCAGCACACUUUGGUUAAGCCACUGUAGCAUCUCCAUGCAGCCAUGGUGAUGUAAAAUAAAUCCACCACUGCUCCUUAAUGUCUUUUUCAAUUACAAAAAAACUCACAGACAGCUCAGUGGACAAGUUGAAAGCCAUGUGCAUCUGAUAUUUGUUCCUGGAUAGCUCAGUGGGUUACAACACUGACUUUGAUGUGGGAGUUUGAUGGAUUGAAUCCCAGUCAGCUCACAGUCAUUGUCUGGUUUGGGCCUUUGGGCAAGGUCCUUUACUCCAGUAAGUUUUUAUUUCCUAUUCCAAUCCAUAACAAGUUAUUUUUCCAUAGUUAAGUUGAUGCCAUAAUCUUUGAUCUGCCCAAGGUAUUUUCUUUCUGAAAAAAAAAAACAGGUCUGUAUCCAAACAGGAAGGCAAAUACAGGCCUCGACAUGAAUUUUACCUCCUACUAGCUCCACUGUUCAAGUAGCCUGUGGGAGCUGCGCAUGCCUACUACCUUGCCUUGUCUUGCAGCUCUGACUGGCCCAUCUAAAAAGUGACGGACAGAACUUUUGUCCAAUCAGAGAAAUUUUUUGACCAGUCCUGCCCUUCCCAAACAUGUAUGGGAGGUUUCCUAUAUGGAUGUAAAAUGUAUCCCAUUCAAUGGAAACAUCAAAUAAAGUUAAUAUCCCAUAUAUGUUUACAGCACUUUCAGCUUCAGUUGCUUUUCAGCUACUGCUGUUUAAAGUAAUUGGAAGCAGCAGUGGCUAAUUUAUUUAUGAAAAAUUGAUUGUUGCCAUGACACCUGUCGCCCUUUUGCACUAUGGACAUGAACUGAGGGGAUGUUACUGCUUUGCUUGAAGUGUAAAAAAUAAAGAGAGAGAUGCCAUUUUACUAUCCAUAAUGCCCCUCAUAUCUGCUGCAUCUCUCUCCUUAUGUUGUUGAAUAAUACCCCAGGUAAGCCAUUAGUAACAAUAACAGUAUGAAUAUAUAUUCCUAAAUCUUAUCACUAUGAUAAACUUGGUUAACUCUGGACCUUGUUCUUAUUUGAUUAAGAUUUUUAGAAUCAUUGAAGCAGCAGUU